CUCGCAACUCUCCGCAUCGUCAUGGCCUGCGAUGAAAGCGGGCCACAGCUGCAACGAGGCCCUAAAAAGUCCAUCUCUCAAAUAAACUUCUCGUUUCCUCCAUCACGGACGUUGGCAUUCCCUCCACGGCUGAUAGACUACCUACCCACUCAUUGCCAUCCAGGCCACCCAACUCAUCAAGGGAGGAAAAGCGAAUCGCGCCCUUCUGAUCUGUGGAACUGGCCUUGGUGUGGCGGUUGCGCGCCAAUAAGAUCACGGCCAUCCGCGCCGUUGCCGCCCACGAAUCCAUUCUCCAUAGAGAGAUGAGUUCUCAGCAACGAUGCCCAGGUGCUCUGUUUUGGCCGGGGGGUUAUGGUUAUUGGCAUCGAGCUGGCGAAGAAGCUGGCUGGCGACUGGCUGACCUACCGCUUUGAUGCCGGAAGUGCCUCCGCGGGCAAGGCGAAAGUUCUUGCAGAGUAUGAGGCCAAAUUUGCUUGUUAGAGUUGUCUCUGGAAGGUCUCUUUUUUAUAUAUGUAAUUUAAACAUCUACAUUAUUUGAAUGCUCAAGCAAAGGGGGUCGAUUCAUCUCCUUCUUUUCCCUUGCUAACGUAAAUGCGCCAAAAUUCCCCAUGAUCAUGAUUCUUCCACAUUUAUUUUUUAUGUAUAUAGACGAGCGUUUCGACUUUUGAAAACCACAUAUACGGACAAGGCGUUAUUCCGAUCAAAGUCGGGAAGAAGGGAUGAAAACUGCACGGUUGCGUAGGCGACACG